UUGCCCUGGGUUCAGAGUCUAUGCCUGAUAUGGGGACUCUCUGGAUGUCACCAAAAGCUACACACAGCAAGAAUCUGUGCUUUCAACUUCCUCUGUAGACCGUGUUCCUGACACCCUGGCCCCGGCUGCCCUGGAGACACAGUGGACAGCAGGACAGCAGGGGCAUGGAGCCAGGCCUCCAGCCCCAAGUCUGCAGUCACCCCAGGACCUGAAACCAUGGCUGAUGGUGAAGAAGAGGAGCCCAGGAACUGUGUGGUGUGUGGGGACCGAGCCACCGGCUACCAUUUCCAUGCCCUGACUUGUGAGGGCUGCAAGGGCUUUUUCAGGCGGACUGUCACCAAGAGCGUGGCUCUCUUCUGCCCCUUUGCUGGGAGCUGCGAGGUCAACAAGUUUCAGAGGCGCCACUGCCCAGCCUGCCGGCUACAGAAAUGUCUGAACUCAGGAAUGAAGAAGGAUAUGAUCUUGUCGGCAGAAGCCCUGGCCCUGCGGCGAGCCAGGCAGGCCCAGAGGCGGGCUCAGCAGGUUCCAGGGCAGCUGAGCAAGGAGCAGGAGGAGCUGGUGCAGACCCUGGUUGGGGCUCACACCCGCCACGUGGGCACCAUGUUUGACCAAUUUGUUCAGUUCAAGCCCCCAGCACACCUGUUUGCCUGCUGCCAGCCCCUGGCCACCAUGGGGCCGCCCCUGCCCCUGCUGGCUCACUUUGCUGAUAUCAACACUUUCAUGGUGGAGCAGGUCAUCAAGUUCACCAAAGACUUGCCCCUCUUCCGGUCUCUGCCCAUGGAAGACCAGAUCUCCCUCCUCAAGGGAGCAGCUGUGGAAAUCUGCCAGAUCGCACUCAACACCACCUUCUGUCUCCAAACACAAAACUUCCUAUGUGGACCUCUCCGCUAUACUGUUGAACAUGGGACACAUGCGGGGUUCCAGGAAGAGUUUUUGGAGCUCCUCAUCCGCUUCCACAAGACACUGAGGAGGCUGCAGCUGCAGGAGGCUGAGUAUGUGCUCCUGGCUGCCAUGGCCCUCUUCUCUCCUGACAGGCCAGGGGUGACUUGUAGACAGGAAAUAGACCAGCUGCAAGAGGAGAUGGCACUGACCCUUCAGAGCUACAUUCGAGGCCAGCAGCUCAGGUCCCGGAGCAGAUUCCUGUAUGCCAAGCUGCUAGGCCUGCUGACUGAGCUCCGGAGCAUCAACAAUGCCUACUGGCACCAGAUACAGCAUAUACAGGGGCUGUCUGCCAUGAUGCCACUUCUGCAAGAGAUUUGCAGCUGAGACCAGGAAAGGAGGGGACCCUUGGAAGGGGGUUUCCUAGCAACAGUGGCAAUGAAAGACUGAAAGCCGUAA